AUGGAAAAUUUUCCUGUUGCUAUUAUUACUGGUGCUUCAAGUGGAAUUGGAAGAGCUACAGCUAUUUAUUUUGCUGAAAAAAAGUAUAGAUUAGCAUUAUGUGGAAGAAAUGAAACUGCUUUAAAUGAAUGUGUUGAAAGAUGUAUUGAAAAGGGUUUAAAAAAAGAUCAGGUAACAACAACUAUUGGUGAUUUAUGUGAAGAAGCUGUUGGCAAAAAACUUGUUGAAAAUGCUUUACAUGUUUUUGGACGUAUUGAUGUUUUAGUUAAUGCUGCUGGAAUUCUUGUGGGUGGAUGUGUUGAUUCAACUCCUAUAACUGAAUACGAUAGACAAUUUAAUACAAAUAUUCGUAGUAUUAUUCUUCUUACACAAUUUGCUUUACCACAUAUUAAAAAAACAAAAGGAUGUAUUGUUAAUGUUAGUAGUGUAGCAGGAACACGUUCUUUUCCAAAUGCAGCUUACUACUGUAUGUCAAAAGCAGCUCUUGAUCAAUUUACAAAAUGUCUUGCUCUAGAAGUUGCACCUGAUGUUCGUGUAAAUUCUGUCAAUCCUGGUGUUAUUGUAACAGAUAUUCAUAAAAGAGCAGGAAUGGAUGAAGCAACAUAUGCUGAAUUUUUAGAAAAAUGUAAAACUACACAUCUUUUAGGAAGAGCUGGUGAGGAUAUUGAAGUUGCUAAGGCUAUUUAUUUUCUUGCUAGUGAUAUGUCUUCAUUUACCACUGGUGAAUUACUUCAUGUUGAUGGUGGAAGAAAUCUUAUGUGUCCAAGAUAA